AUGGCUUCCAAGUCCAAGAACAAGAUGCGUUUCUCUUCCUCCCAAUCUACCGAUUUACGACCCUCUUUCUCUGCAGAUUACGACGACGAAUUCCAAGAACCCUCCUCUCACUCUCUACCUCUCACCCAGAUCCCAAGCUUACCCAUCCCCAAAAUCUGUAAAGAUUCACCCAAAAUACCUAAAAGUUUCAGCUCACUGCAGCCUCUGAAACUCUCCAAUUCCGCCAUUCGUCCCUUGAAGAAACCGAAGAAGCAAUCCAUUCUUGUCGCCGGCAAGGAGAAUUCAAUGCGAUCCAACAGACCACCGGCUGGUUCAGAAUCAUCAUUGUUAGAAUCCAACGACACCCUAUAUUCGGAUUCCGGAGUUGAAACAGCGAGUUAUUUCGUCACAGAUGGUGACAACGCCGCACCCUCAAAGGAUACCCAUAAUGGUCAGCAGGUAUUUGUGUCGGAUGCUAUAGAUAGUGGUUUAGAUUGCAUAGAGUCAACCAUUGAUUGCACUUAUAGAUAUGAGGCCGACGAUAUUACACAUGUUCAUGAACCUGUCAAUUUUGGGGAUUUUGAUUCUGAGGGUCGUCCUAACACUAGCACUGUGAAAAUGACAUUGAAACUGAAAGGAGGCUACUUAUCUAAUUCAAUAGAGUCCAGGUUACUCAAGUCCAGAAUGAAUUGCAGUCCUAGUGUUUGUGCCAGUGAUGAAUGCUUGGAGGAGUGUAAAUCUGAGGAAUUUGAGCCGGGUACGCAGCUUGAUUUGUUGCUCAAGUUAUGUUCUGAGACAGAUGAGAAGGAUGACAAGUCUAACAUAGGCGGAGAAUAUGAUCCGUUUGAUGGUCUCAUUUAUUGUCCUCUCUGUGGAGUUGACAUCUCGGAUUUGAGUGAUGAACUUCGACAGGUUCACACAAAUGAAUGCCUUGACAAAGAGGAAACUCCAGAUAAUGCGAAGCUUCCUGAUGAUGACGUACGACCUCGAUGCCCUGGUCAAGUGCUUGAUGGUUCUCCUGUUCGGUCUCCUCGGCAAGCUGUUGAUGUCUCCCCUGUUCUAGGAUGGCUGGACACUCUCGGCCUAGCUAAAUAUGAUGAAGUUUUUGUCCGUGAAGAGAUUGAUUGGGACACUUUGCAGUGGCUGACAGAAGAGGAUCUAUUUAGCAUGGGUGUCACUGCACUUGGUCCCAGGAAAAAGAUCAUCCAUGCUCUCAGCGAACUCAGAAAGGAAGGCACCAAGGCAGUGGAAAGAGAUGCCUCUAAAGUUGUUGAUGAACCUGGUAAACUAGCUGCAAACAAACUGAUUACAGAUUAUUUUCCAGGCUCUGUUCCUGAAAGAGAAAAAGGUUGCAGUACUUCAAGAGGUCAGAAUGAGGCAAAAAAAUCCGAUGCUGAUUCUGGUCGUAGACGUGUUGCGGUGAGAAAUCAUGUCAGGAUUGGAAAACUCAGAGAUAUUCCAUUGUGGUGUUGCAUACCAGGCACCCCAUUUCGAGUGGACGCAUUCAAAUAUCUCAGAAGAGAUUGUUCUCAUUGGUUUCUCACUCACUUCCACAUUGAUCAUUAUCAAGGCCUUACAAGGUCCUUCUGCCAUGGGAAGAUCUAUUGCUCCUCCAUUACAGCAAGACUAGUGAAUUUAAAAAUUGGGAUCCCAUGGGACAAAUUACAAAUUUUACCCCUCAACCAAAAGAUCAGCAUUGCCGGAGUUAAUGUGACAUGCUUUGAUGCAAAUCACUGCCCAGGUUCCAUCAUAUUACUUUUCGAACCACUCAAUGGUAAGGUGCGGUCUGAAUUAACUCAUCAUACUAAUUUGUAUUUAAAUUUUGGUGUUACCUUGCAAUCGUUUCUGAACUUGAUGCUGGGUUUCUUCCCACAUUUAGGCUGUUCUACACACGGGGGAUUUUCGUUUUAGUGAGGAAAUUGCAAAGAUCUCUGAUUUGCAGAAGUGUUCUAUUCAUACUCUCAUAUUGGAUACCACUUAUUGUGACCCGCAGGUAAGUCUGUUUAUUCAAGCCACCUUUCUUCUGAGAGCCUAGCCUUUAAGCAAACUGACACUAUGAGUCGACCUUACAACCAUCGUAAUGCAAAACCCAACUUUUUAAAGGUGAAAGCUACCCCAUGGUGCUUGCAAUGUGAAACAGCCUAAUCCCAAUCCCAGGGUAGAAAUUAAGCGUAGGUAUGUUGAAUUGCUAAGUUAUAUGUAGGUAUCAAAUAUAUAGAAAAGCAUUAAUGUGUACUGAGCUUUUCCUAGAUUUGCUGUCAAAGUUCUAACUGGGAUUGGCUUGUUGAGCUUGUCCUUAGGGCAUGUCUUUGCAUUUAAAAUUCUAGUUAUAGAAUUUUGACCUCUGGUUAUGGACCUAUUCACUCCUCCCUUUAGUUACUAGACUAAGUACACCUAAAUUUAGAUUUCAAGUCUUUGACCAAUUCAAAGCAAUCACCUCAAUUUUGGUAUGACUUCAUUGGACCCCUUAAUCAGCGUAAAACGAGGAUUUACUUUUUCAAUUGGAAAGUUUAUUACACAUGAGCUGCAAGGAAAUGUGUCUGCUGGAAAGUGUCCUGCUGUGUCCGAAUUACAAAAAUACAAAGAUUUAGGCACUGUCAGUGUCCCAGAUGUGCCAGACAUGGAUACAUGAGUGGAAGUCUGUGUCGUUGCUUCUUAGCUGACAUCUACUGGUGGGUGCUUUAUAUGUUACUUAAACUAAUUUUAGGCAGUUUUCUCUUGCUUUGACAUUGCAAUUCUUGCUUAAAGCCAAAUAGACUUCUAUUAUGUGCAUGCACUAGUCAAUUUAGUGAAGAAAAAUCUGACAUAUUGUUUCUAUUGAGUUGAGUUCUUCCUCAUACUUUCAGGAGCCUAGUAUUCAUGUGCAUACAAGGACGGAGCUACAUGAGGACCGGGGGGGGGGGGGG